CCGGUAGGCUCCUUUUCAACGUAUCGUCAGUUAACAGUUAUUUGAAAUAAUGAAUUACGCGAAUCUUGCUAGGUAUACUUUACGUUUCCUCGAAAUCUUUGAAAAGGCCCACGUCGUUCGUUAACGUUAACCACAUCCAUAUCUACGUUUACACACCCUCCCCUAAUUGAUAAAGCAUCAGGAUUCGCAAGUCGUAAGCACGUGGGCCGUUUAACCUUAGUUCUUUAAAUACAAUUACACGUAUACUAACAGUGGUAUGGGGUGUAACAGUGGAGGGGAGCGAGUGUCUAACCCCCUGAUACUCAAUUCGGGGUACGAGCCCACCGAAUAUUUAAGCCACGUGCGGAAUGCAGUUCGAACUUAGUUGACAGAUCGACGUCGUGUUACCAUCAUCGAGAAACUUUAAUACCAACCAAGAUCAGUGUCCGCCAUAUCGUUUUUGCACGAGAUAAAGUAUCUAGUGCAGUGAGGACAAUUUGAUGAUGAACGCUGAAGAGUACAAAAAGAUCGUUUUAUUCCAAAAAUAUUUAAACAAACCUAUCGUCAGAGCUGCGGGGCCCAUUGGAAAAGAUUCUUCGACGGAGAUCAUUGAUGUGAAAAAACUGUCUCAGAAUAGUGCAACGGGAAUUCAGUAUGUUGAAAUUAUCGAUGCGGAAGGUCGCCUGAUUUGCGUAAAUAAGCUGGUGACCACUCCUUGCUGGUUAAAAAUCAUCGAAUUUGCAAAUGACUGUCAAGCCUGUAACGUGCUCUUAAUGACUACAGCCGAAGGUGUAAUACUGAAAACGAUAAGGGACAUAACUCCCGGUGAACCACUGCUGAUGUGGUUUACCGAAUAUAUUCUCGCUAUGUUGAAUAUACCAUUCUUGUCACCAUGUAACAUACAAGAUCAGACUCGCUAUAUUUGUCACAUAUGCAACAACUUGUUCGAGUUCCCAAAUCCUUUGAAGAUACAUUUAGCCCUAAAGUGCAAUCGACUGGACAGUAGUCAUCUCUGGACGUUGCUAAGCAAAGAAUUCAACUUGUCGCCGAGACCAAGCUUGUCUCUCAACCUGUUCCCCAAUCCGACUUUCAAAUUCGAACUGACCAAAUUGCCGCAAACUCCGCCUGUCAGGGUAUCACCGAUCACAAUAAAAACCAUAGAUAAUACCGUUCAGCUUGCAAAUAUCAAUCCAUCGAAGUGUUCCGAUCAACCCUCUCCAUCCUCUUCAAAUGCGCUAUCUUCUAAUUCUUCAUCCACCACGCAAAUUUCACCAAGCAAACCAGCACCAUCGACAAGAGAGCCGUCUAUAACGAAAGAUACACUUCAUCGACAGUCUGCUUUCCAGCCAUACUCAAAUCAAGGCAGCAUCCUUAAAAAGAUCCAUCCACUAACAAGGAACGAGACUGUUUUAACGCCCUACAAUAUGCAAACGACUGCCGCACCGAUCAGUACCGACGUCCAUGCAGCACAAGUGGAAACCAUAGUCAGCAAUCUCGGUAAAUCGAAGCAAGGACACCUCUGCAUUUAUUGUGGAAAGGUUUACUCGAGAAAAUAUGGUUUAAAAAUCCACAUCAGAACUCAUACCGGUUACAAACCCUUAAAAUGUAAAUAUUGCCUGCGACCAUUCGGAGAUCCUAGCAAUUUGAAUAAACACGUACGGCUACACUCGGAGGGCGAAACACCAUACAGGUGUGACUUAUGUGGAAAAGUUUUGGUCAGAAGGAGAGAUCUUGAGAGGCAUUUAAAAUCGAGACACCAAGAAAACAUAAUCGAUAGUACGGAUACUUCGUCUGAUGGUGCUGACGUUUAAGUAGAAAAAGAGGAGAUAUUACACGCCG